AUGAUUGCCCUUGAGUUGGAGUUCAGAGCUGAGCUUUGGGGAACAUACAGUGAAAAUAAGGACACAUGGCUGUUAAGGCCCAAAAAUCUCUUUGUUAUUUCAUAUUCACAUAAGUUUUCUAUCAAUUUAGUUCAAUCCCAGAAUACCACAACUGCCGAUCUCGACACAACCACAUCGUCUUCAGACGACUUAACCACUGUAAGUGAAAGCACAGAUGUUACAACAACGGAGACACCGGACAACGUAACAACAGUGAGUGAAACCACAGAUGUUACAACAACGGAGGUACCAGACAACGUAACAACAGUGAGUGAAACCACAUAUAUUACAACAACGGAGACUCCGGACAACGUAACAACAGUGAGUGAAACCACAGAUGUUACAACAACGGAAACAGCGGACAACGUAACAACAGUGAGUGAAACCACAGUUGUUACAACAACGGAAACAGCGGACAACGUAACAACAGUGAGUGAAACCACAGUUGUUACAACAACGGAGGUACCAGACAACGUAACAACAGUGAGUGAAACCACAGAUAUUACAACAACGGAGACACCGGACAACGUAACAACAGUGAGUGAAACCACAGAUGUUACUACUUUGAUGACGGAAACUACGACAGCUGAAGCCGCAGACACCACAACACAAGCUGCAGACACCACAACACAAGCUGCAGACACCACAACGCAAGCUGCCGACACCACAACGCAAACCGCAGACACCACAACGCAGGACGACACCACAACGCAAGCCGCAGACACCACAACGCAAGCUGCAGACACCACAACACAAGCCGAAGACACUACAACGCAAGCUGCAGACACCACAACGCAAGCACCAACCACCACCACACAAGCUGCAGACACCACAACACAAGCUGCAGACACCACAGCGCAAGUUGCAGACACCACAACUCAAGCUGCAGACAUCACAACGCAAGUUGCCGACACCACAACACAAGCCGCAGACACCACAACACAAGCCACUGUCACCAAAACACAAGCCGCUGUCACCACAACACAAGCCGAAGACACCACAACGCAAGUUGCCGACACCACAACGCAAGCUGCCGACACCACAACGCAAGCUACAGACACCACAAUGCAAGCGGCCGACACCACCACACAAGCUGUUGACACCACAACACAAGCUGCAGACACCACAACACAAGCCGCCGACACCACUGCACAACCCGCAGACACCACAACACAAGCUGCAAAGACCACAACACAGGCAAUAGACAUCACAACACAGGCUGCAGGCACCACAACACAGGCGGCAGACACCACAACACAGGCGGCAGAUACCACAACACAGGCUGCAGAUACCACAAUACAAGCUGCUGUUACCACAACACAAGCUGCAACCACCACAACACAAACCACCACAACACAAGCACCAACCACCACAACACAAGCACCAACCACCACAACACAAGCACCAACCACCACAACACAAGCACCAACCACCACAACACAAGCACCAACCACCACAACACAAGCACCAACCACCACAACACAAGCUGCAACCACCACAACACAAGCACCAAACACCACAACACAAGCUGCAACCACCACAACACAAGCACCAACCACCACAACACAAGCACCAACCACCACAACACAAGCUGCAACCACCACAACACAAGCUGCAACCACCACAACACAAGCUGCAACCACCACAACACAAGCUGCAACCACCACAACACAAGCACCAACCACCACAACACAAGCACCAACCACCACAACACAAGCACUAACCACCACAACACAAGCACCAACCACCACAACACAAGCUGCAACCACCACAACACAAGCACCAACCACCACAACACAAGCUGCAACCACCACAACACAAGCACCAACCACCACAACACAAGCACCAACCACCAUAACACAAGCACCAACCACCACAACACAAGCACCAACCACCACAACACAAGCACCAACCACCACAACACAAGCACUAAACACCACAACACAAGCACCAACCACCACAACACAAGCACCAACCACCACAACACAAGCUGCAACCACCACAACACAAGCACCAACCACCACAACACAAGCACCAACCACCACAACACAAGCUGCAACCACCACAACACAAGCACCAACCACCACAACACAAGCACCAACCACCACAACACAAGCACCAACCACCACAACACAAGCACCAACCACCACAACACAAGCACCAACCACCACAACACAAGCACCAACCACCACAACACAAGCACCAACCACCACAACACAAGCACUAAACACCACAACACAAGCACCAACCACCACAGCUGCAACCACCACAACACAAGCACCAACCACCACAACACAAGCACCAACCACCACAACACAAGCUGCAACCACCACAACACAAGCACCAACCACCACAACACAAGCACCAACCACCACAACACAAGCACCAACCACCACAACACAAGCACCAACCACCACAACACAAGCACCAACCACCACAACACAAGCUGCAACCACCACAACACAAGCACCAACAACCACAACACAAGCACCAACCACCACAAUACAAGCACCAACCACCACAACACAAGCACCAACCACCACAACACAAGCACCAACCACCACAACACAAGCACCAACCACCACAACACAAGCACCAACCACCACAGAAAAUGUAUGUGCUAGUGUCACGUGUCAAAAUGGUGGCGUGUGCAUUCAAAUGGAUGGCAAAGGUGUUUGCCGUUGUGAUGGAAACUAUACAGGAGACCGGUGUCAAUACGCUAUAGCGGGAUAUACUUCAUGGUCCACGUGGAGGGCAUGUGAUCAGGAUUGUGGAGAUGGUAUCCAAUUGAGGACACGCAACUGCACUGACGUCACAGGAGCAAACCGGGGCAUGGACUGCGGAAAUAAUCUGCAAGAGGAAAAGGCAUGCGUAGGUCUACCAAAAUGUGUUGUGACGGCUAAUCCAUGUGAAGCGGUUAUCAAUCCAUGCUUAACUGAUGGCGUGCUGCAUACAUGUCGUGUUCAGUCGGGAGGGAAGUUCAAAUGUACAUGCAAAGAUGGAUUUGUCAAUGAUGCAAAUGGAGUAUAUUGUGCUAAUGAAAAUGAAUGUAAUAAUGUCAACAAUGACUGUAAAGACGUCAACACAAAAUCAUUCAAAAUGGGCGUGUCUGGAUGUAGGGACACUGUAGGGAGCUAUGGUUGUGUAUGUUCCAGUGGGUUUACUUACAACAGUACAAAUAGGGCAUGUAAUGAUAUUAAUGAGUGUAUCAGCAGUGACACCAAUAACUGUGACAUUUCAACCAGAGCGACCUGUAGUAACACACCUGGCAGUUUUACCUGUGCUUGUAAAGCGGGAUACCAAGGCGCAGGAACCACAGGAUCAUGCAAAGAGAACCGAUUGCUUAGUUUUGUUAACCAUACAAAGCUCUCAUCAUCCGAUGCCUAUUCCAAGUAUUUCUUCCCACAAUACGCAAUAACUGUCGGAUCUUUCCUGUAUCCAUCAUUUUAUUUUACAAGAGGAGGCCUGUUGCUCUUUACAACAGUCACCAGUGAUACAGUAAGCACAGGAAGCAGACAGGCUUUCACCAAUCCAUCCAAGUUCUCCUUCGACUCAUCAUUCCAAGAAAAGGCUGCUUUUGCUCCAUGGUGGUCUAACUUGGUUGUGGGAUUAGACAGUGCAAGUGGUGUGUAUUACAAAGAGUUUUCUUCUACUGUUCCAACUGAAAAUGCUGCAAUGUUGGCACAGAAAAGUGAUUUCAAUACUAACAAAGGAGGUUUUAGCAUGAAUGCUCCAAAGCACAUGAUUGUGAUUACAUGGAACAAAAUGGAACUGAGCAAAAUUCCACGGAGUCCCUCUGAGAUUGUAACCUUCCAGUUGGUAAUGUUAUCAGAUUAUCAAAACACCUAUGUCAAGGUCAUAUAUAAUGACCGAGAAAUGACCUGGGAUGUAUUGAACUCAGUUGGAAAUUACCCAGUAAGGAUUGGAAUCUUGAAGCAGAAUGAAACUGCAGAAGAAUAUCCACAGUCUUACCUUGACCUGCUGUCAAAACCAGAGGACAAAAAUAAAAUACAGAAGAUUGAUGAAGUCAUUCCAACAGGACUUGUUGGAGAUGUCACAUGGAGCAGAAAAGGGUUUUCAUAUUAUCGUAUCUCCAAGUUAGUGGCCCCAGCUCAUCCAGGUCUACAAUGUAAUACUUAUAUUGAAAGUCAGAAGUUGAGUCAGAAAAACCCACAGAAAAAAGUUGUGACAGCAGAUGUCAGCAAAUGUCCACCAAGUCUGUUACAGACCACAGACUCAUUUAAGACAUUCACAAGUGCAGAAAUUCCUAGUUCCAUGACCUGCUAUGCCAAGCGAAGUGCUUUGUCAAGUACGGCCCGAGAUCAACGCAGCCAACGUUGUUGCUACAACAAAGGAAACAAAGGGUUGAUUUUAGACCCUACACUUGCGAAAGGAUUUAACAUAUACAUGAUUGGACAGCCGACUUCAGCUGAACAAAUUUCAGCAGAUAAGAACUUUGGCAUUUGUUGUAAUGCUGAAAAUAGUUAUGCUUCAAGAGAGGACCUUUGUGCUAAGUUUGUGGAGGUACUGCCUGUAUGCACAGCUGAGAACUUUGUGGCCAGUGGAGCAGGUGGUGCCUUGGGAGAUCCACAUUUGACAACACUAGAUGGUUUAUCCUUCACUUUCAAUGGACAUGGAGAAUUUGUACUGAUGAAAGCAGCAGAUGUUGAGGUUCAAGGACGAUUUUCACCUCAGAGAAAUGCUGGGGGUGUGAAGAGUGCUACAUUUAUAAGUGCAAUAGCAGGAAAACAGUCCAAUCCUAACAGUGAUAAAGUGGAAUUCAGAUUGAAUUCUGCAGCUACAGAUACAGAAAUCCUAAAAAAUGGCGCAGUUCAGUCUAUGGAUUUCUCUGGAGGAGCCGUGGAUUGGAAUGAAGUGUCAAUCACAAAAGCAGUCAGCAGCAGCAACAUAACCACUUACAAAAUGAUCUUUAGUGGAGGACUGACAGCAGGUGUACAGCUUAAUAAUGCAAUGUUUCAGCUGGUCAUUUCAGCAUCUUCCAGCUACCGCAGUAAUUUCACAGGACUUUUGGGCAACUUUGAUGGUUCAACUAGUAAUGACUUUACUUCACCAAAUGGAAGUGUCACACCUUCUGACUCAGUCGAGAGUGUCGUUUACACAUACGGAGUGAAAUGGCAAAACAAUGUGAACUCUACUCUGUUUACGUAUGGUGGAAGUCCAAACAACACUAACUGGGCUAGCCACGUAGAUACAGCUUACACCCCAGUCUUCUUCAAUGCUAACCUGACCAUUAUGUUUCCGGAUCCUGCCAAGAAAACUCAAGCCAUCAGUGCUUGUAACAAAGGGGCUUCCACGGAUUCUGAUCCAGAAAAGCGCAGGGAAUGUUACUUUGAUUUCAAGGUUACAGAAAAUGCUGCUUUGGCUUCAGCUACCUCUGACACCAAGACGGCUUUAGCAGAAACACAGUCCACCCUUGCCAACUAUCCACCAGAGAUAAAGAACGGCAAUGUUACAAUCCAGGUAUCGGUUGGUGGUAAUUUCUCACUACAGCUAGUGGCUGAGGAUCAAAAUGAAGGGGACACCAUCUUUUUCCUUUUGAAUAGUGAUGCUCCUUCUGGAGUUAAAGUGGAUAAUGCAACUAAAAGACUGACCUGGAUCAAUGUUCCGGACAGUAACUCCAUGUCUAUCCAGGUCACAGUGUCUGAUGGGAAGGCCCAGUCUCUGUGGACUCCAAAAAUUAAAUUGUGCAAGUGUAAGAAUGGUGGUACGUGUGGCUUCAAUGUAGACAGCAGUGACCAGUUUUUCAUUGUUCCCUGUACCUGUGUGACAGGAUAUGAUGGUAACUUUUGUGAAAAUGACCAGGAUGGUUGUGCGACCAAUCCCUGCUGGCCAGGAGUGGACUGUACUGAUGUCCUUGCUCGUGAUCUGUACAGCACUCCAGCUGGAUUUGUCUGUGGUUCCUGUCCAGUUCAUCUUGAUGGAGACGGAAUCACUUGCUCAGACAAGGAUGAGUGUGUGGUAAACAAACCUCCCCCAUGUAGUCAGAACUGCACCAACAUUGCUAAUGGUUACACCUGUUCCUGCAUAUCUGGGUAUAUUUUGGGCGGUGAUGCCCGAACUUGUCAAGAUGUUAAUGAGUGUCAGACAAAUACGGACAAAUGUAACAAGGCCACCACAACUUGUAGUAACACUGUGGGUUCCUAUACCUGUAACUGUAAGACCGGUUACUCCAGGGACACCCAAUAUGCUUGUACAGACAUCAAUGAAUGUUCAUCCAAUCCCUGCCCCGCUAACUCAAGAUGUCAAAACACUGUUGGCAGUUACACGUGUACCUGUAAUUUUGGAUAUGAGAAAAACACCCAGACCAACACAUGUGAUGACAAGGAUGAGUGUGCAGGUUCCAACAACUGCCAGCAGAAGUGUGUAGAUGGUGUGGGUACCUACACAUGUGCAUGUAACACUGGGUAUCGUCUCAACGAAACAGAUUUAGUCAGCUGUUUACCUGAAAAUGUGUGCACAGCACAACAAAGAGCAACCUGUGAUGGUGGUAGCGGCCGAGCAACAUGUGCCGUGUCUAAUGGCCAGGUGUACUGUACUUGUCCCAACGGUUAUGCCCUCAAUGCAACAAAAUACUGUAUAGAUAUUGAUGAGUGUGCCACUAAUGCUGAUGUUUGUGUUGAUGCCAAGAGUGACUGUGUCAACCAAGUAGGGGGAUACAAGUGUCAGUGUAAAUCAGGAUACCGGGCACUCAACAAAUUCAUAUGUGCAGACAUUGAUGAGUGUGCAUCAUCAAGCAGCAACAACUGUACAAGUCCUGCCACCUGUCAGAAUAAUGAGGGAGGUUAUGUGUGCACAUGUCCCUCAGGCUACUCUAAAUCGGGUCAAUAUGGCUGUAGUGACAACAAUGAAUGUGCUUCAGUUUCCACCAAUUCCUGUGAUAGACAAUAUGGAACAUGUAGUAACACCCCAGGAGGCUACACUUGUUCAUGUAACAAAGGCUUUACUGGAAAUGGAUUUGUGUGUGCAGAUUUGAACGAGUGUGCAUCAAGUUCAACAAACAACUGCACCCAGACCUGCUCAAACAGCAUUGGAGGCUACACUUGUUCCUGUCUGAGUGGCUACACAUUGGCAUUAGAUGGAUUUACAUGUAACGAUGUAAAUGAAUGUAAUAUCACUAGUGCCAAUGGUUGCUAUAGCAACAACUUUUGUACAAACACUCAGGGAAGGUACGCAUGCUCCUGUCCCACUGACUACCGCCUUAAAGGGGACGGAAGAACUUGUCAAUCCAUUUAUCAGUGUGAAAGUAACCAUGGAUGCAGCCAUACUUGUGGAAGAGUUAAUGGGAUAGAUACUUGUUCUUGUCCCACUGGUAUGGUACUAGAUAGUACUAACAAAACCUGUGUAGAUAAAAAUGAAUGUGCCUCAGAAGCGGACAACCUGUGCAGAAUUGUCAACAAUGUGGUCUGCUUGGACACUAAUGGUUCUUAUGUCUGUAACUGUGUCAACAGUUCCUAUGUCAAAACUCAGCAGACUGUCUGUACUGAUGCCAAUGAAUGUACACUGGGCACUGCCAGCUGUCCCGCCAAUUCUCAGUGUGUCAACAAGGAUCCAGGGUAUGAGUGUCAAUGUGUAUCAGGCUACUCCAAAGUAGGGGCUCUAUGUCAAGAUAUUAAUGAAUGUGCAGGUGCCAAUGAUUGCCACGCUAAUGGCACUUGUACAAACACUGCAGGGGGAUACACCUGUGCCUGUAAUGCAGGGUUCUCGGGGAAUGGCAGAGUAUGUUCAGAUAUUGAUGAAUGUGCUCUCAAUACCCAUCACUGUGACAGUCGUGUGGCGAGAAGAACUUGCACAAACACUAUAGGGAGCUUCACCUGUGGCUGCCGAAGUGGAUUCCAGUUAGCUGCUGAUAAACGAACUUGUAAUGAUGUGGAUGAAUGCACUGGAAAUCAUGGCUGCCAACAAUUGUGCAGAAACAAUGAUGGUGGAUAUGAAUGUGCUUGUCAGACAGGAUAUAGACUCACUGCAGACCAAAGGAACUGCAUUGUGGAAACUGAGUGUGAGUCAGUCAAGAAAGCCACCUGCUUGAAUCAACAGUGUGCCAAGGUGAAUGGUACUGAUACUUGUCAGUGUCCUACCGGCUUCCAACUGGCAGCAGAUGGGACCUCAUGUAACGACAUCGAUGAGUGCAAGGCCUCCCCUUGUUAUGCUACCAAUAGUAAUUGUACCAACACUCAAGGAGGAUACAACUGUUCUUGUACAAAUGGCUACAUUCUGGGACCCAACAAUGUGUGUAAAGAUCGUAAUGGUGGUCUUUCUAACUGGUCUGUUUGGGGAAACUGUACCAAGAAAUGUGGCAAUGGAACCCAGAUGCGGACAAGGUCCUGCACUAAUCCGACCAAGGAGGGAUUCGGCGCUGAUUGUACUGGCGAACUUUCACAAACCCAAAUUUGUAACACAGAAGUCUCACCAACCACCACAACACAAGCACCAACCACCACAACACAAGCUGCAACCACCACAACACAAGCACCAACCACCACAACACAAGCACCAACCACCACAACACAAGCAGUAACCACCACAACACAAGCACCAACCACCACAACACAAGCUGCAACCACCACAACACAAGUACCAACCACCACAACACAAGCACCAACCACCACGACACAAGCACCAACCACCACAACACAAGCACCAACCACCACAACACAAGCACCAACCACCACGACACAAGCACCAACCACCACAACACAAGCACCAACCACCACAACACAAGCACCAUCAACCACAACACAAGCACCAACAACCACAACACAAGCACCAACCACCACAGAAAAUGUAUGUGCUAGUGUCACGUGUCAAAAUGGUGGCGUGUGUAUUCGAAUGGAUGGCAAAGGUGUUUGCCGUUGUGAUGGAAACUAUACAGGAGACCGGUGUCAAUACGCUAUAGCGGGAUAUACUUCAUGGUCCACGUGGGGGGCAUGUGAUCAGGAUUGUGGGGAUGGUAUCCAAUUGAGGACACGCAACUGCACUGACGUCACAGGAGCAAACCGGGGCAUGGACUGCGGAAAUAAUCUGCAAGAGGAAAAGGCAUGCGUAGGUCUACCAAAAUGUGUUGUGACGGCUAAUCCAUGUGAAGCGGUUAUCAAUCCAUGUUUAACCGAUGGCGUGCUGCAUACAUGUCGUGUUCAGUCAGGAGGGAAGUUCAAAUGUACAUGCAAAGAUGGAUUUGUCAAUGAUGCAAAUGGAGUAUAUUGUGCUAAUGAAAAUGAAUGUAAUAAUGUCAACAAUGACUGUAAAGACGUCAACACAAAAUCCUUCAAAGUGGGCGUGUCUGGAUGUAGGGACACUGUAGGGAGCUAUGAUUGUGUAUGUUCCAGUGGGUUUACUUACAACAGUACAAAUAGGGCAUGUAAUGAUAUUAAUGAGUGUAUCAGCAGUGACACCAAUAACUGUGACAUUUCAACCAGAGCGACCUGCACUAACACACCUGGCAGUUUUACCUGUGCUUGUAAAGCGGGAUACCAAGGCGCAGGAACCACAGGAUCAUGCAAAGAGAACCGAUUGCUUAGUUUUGUUAACCAUACAAAGCUCUCAUCAUUCGAUGCCUAUUCCAAGUAUUUCUUCCCACAAUACGCAAUAACUGUCGGAUCUUUCCUGUAUCCAUCAUUUUAUUUUACAAGAGGAGGCCUGUUGCUCUUUACAACAGUCACCAGUGAUACAGUAAGCACAGGAAGCAGACAGGCUUUCACCAAUCCAUCCAAGUUCUCCUUCGACUCAUCAUUCCAAGAAAAGGCUGCUUUUGCUCCAUGGUGGUCUAACUUGGUUAUGGGAUUAGACAGUGCAAGUGGUGUAUAUUACAAAGAGUAUUCUUCUACUGUUCCAACUGAAAAUGCUGCAAUGUUGGCACAGAAAAGUGAUUUCAAUACUAACAAAGGAGGUUUUAGCAUGAAUGCUCCAAAGCACAUGAUUGUGAUUACAUGGAACAAAAUGGAACUGAGCAAAAUUCCACGGAGUCCCUCUGAGAUUGUAACCUUCCAGUUGGUAAUGUUAUCAGAUUAUCAAAACACCUAUGUCAAGGUCAUAUAUAAUGACCGAGAAAUGACCUGGGAUGUAUUGAACUCAGUUGGAAAUUACCCAGUAAGGAUUGGAAUCUUGAAGCAGAAUGAAACUGCAGAAGAAUAUCCACAGUCUUACCUUGACCUGCUGUCAAAACCAGAUGACAAAAACAAAAUACAGAAGAUUGAUGAAGUCAUUCCAACAGGACUUGUUGGAGAUGUCACAUGGAGCAGAAAAGGGUUUUCAUAUUAUCGUAUCUCCAAGUCAGUGGCCCCAGCUCAUCCAGGUCUACAAUGUAAUACUUAUAUUGAAAGUCAGAAGUUGAGUCAGAAAAACCCACAGAAAAAAGUUGUGACAGCAGAUGUCAGCAAAUGUCCACCAAGUCUUUUACAGACCACAGACUCAUUUAAGACAUUCACAAGUGCAGGAAUUCCUAGUUCCAUGACCUGCUAUGCCAAGCGAAGUGCUUUGUCAAGUACGGCCCGAGAUCAACGCAGCCAACGUUGUUGCUACAACAAAGGAAACAAAGGGUUGAUAUUAGACCCUACACUUGCCAAAGGAUUUAACAUAUACAUGAUUGGACAGCCGACUUCAGCUGAACAAAUUUCAGCAGAUAAGAACUUUGGCAUUUGUUGUAAUGCUGAAAAUAGUUAUACUUCAAGAGAGGACCUUUGUGCUAAGUUUGUGGAGGUACUGCCUGUAUGCACAGCUGAGAACUUUGUGGCCAGUGGAGCAGGUGGUGCCUUGGGAGAUCCACAUUUGACAACACUAGAUGGUUUAUCCUUCACUUUCAAUGGACAUGGAGAAUUUGUACUGAUGAAAGCAGCAGAUGUUGAGGUUCAAGGACGAUUUUCACCUCAGAGAAAUGCUGCGGGUGUGAAGAGUGCUACAUUUAUAAGUGCAAUAGCAGGAAAACAGUCCAAUCCUAACAGUGAUAAAGUGGAAUUCAGAUUGAAUUAUGCAGCUACAGAUACAGAAAUCCUAAAAAAUGGCGCAGUUCAGUCUAUGGAUUUCUCUGGAGGAGCCGUGGAUUGGAAUGAAGUGUCAAUCACAAAAGCAGUCAGCAGCAGCAACAUAACCACUUACAAAAUGAUCUUUAGUGGAGGACUGACAGCAGGUGUACAGCUUAAUAAUGCAAUGUUUCAGCUGGUCAUUUCAGCAUCUUCCAGCUACCGCAGUAAUUUCACAGGACUCUUGGGCAACUUUGAUGGUUCAACUAGUAAUGACUUUACUUCACCAAAUGGAAGUGUCACACCUUCUGACUCAGUCGAGAGUGUCGUUUACACAUACGGAGUGAAAUGGCAAAACAAUGCGAACUCUACUCUGUUUACGUAUGGUGGAAGUCCAAACAACACUAACUGGGCUAGUCACGUAGAUACAGCUUACACCCCAGUCUUCUUCAAUGCUAACCUGACCAUUAUGUUUCCGGAUCCUGCCAAGAAAACUCAAGCCAUCAGUGCUUGUAACAAAGGGGCUUCCACGGAUUCUGAUCCAGAAAAUCGCAGGGAAUGUUACUUUGAUUUCAAGGUUACAGAAAAUGCUGCUUUGGCUUCAGCUACCUCUGACACCAAGACGGCUUUAGCAGAAACACAGUCCACCCUUGCCAACUAUCCACCAGAGAUAAAGAACGGCAAUGUUACAAUCCAGGUAUCGGUUGGUGGUAAUUUCUCACUACAGCUAGUGGCUGAGGAUCAAAAUGAAGGGGACACCAUCUUUUUCCUUUUGAAUAGUGAUGCUCCUUCUGGAGUUAAAGUGGAUAAUGCAACUAAAAGACUGUCCUGGAUCAAUGUUCCGGACAGUAACUCCAUGUCUAUCCAGGUCACAGUGUCUGAUGGGAAGGCCCAGUCUCUGUGGACUCCAAAAAUUAAAUUGUGCAAGUGUAAGAAUGGUGGUACGUGUGGCUUCAAUGUAGACAGCAGUGACCAGUUUUUCAUUGUUCCCUGUACCUGUGUGACAGGAUAUGAUGGUAACUUUUGUGAGAAUGACCAGGAUGGUUGUGCGACCAAUCCCUGCUGGCCAGGAGUGGACUGUACUGAUGUCCUUGCUCGUUAUCUGUCCAGCACUCCAGCUGGAUUUGUCUGUGGUUCCUGUCCAGUUCAUCUCGAUGGAGACGGAAUCACUUGCUCAGACAAGGAUGAGUGUGUGGUGAACAAACCUCCCCCAUGUAGUCAGAACUGCACCAACAUUGCUAAUGGUUACACCUGUUCCUGCAUAUCUGGGUAUAUUUUGGGCGGUGAUGCCCGAACUUGUCAAGAUGUUAAUGAGUGUCAGACAAAUACGGACAAAUGUAACAAGGCCACCACAACUUGUAGUAACACUGUGGGUUCCUAUACCUGUAACUGUAAGACCGGUUACUCCAGCGACACCCAAUAUGCUUGUACAGACAUCAAUGAAUGUUCAUCCAAUCCCUGCCCUGCUAACUCAAGAUGUCAAAACACUGUUGGCAGUUACACGUGUACCUGUAAUUUUGGAUAUGAGAAAAACACCCAGACCAACACAUGUGAUGACAAGGAUGAGUGUGCAGGUUCCAACAACUGCCAGCAGAAGUGUGUAGAUGGUGUGGGUACCUACACAUGUGCAUGUAACACUGGGUAUCGUCUCAACGAAACAGAUUUAGUCAGCUGUUUACCUGAAAAUGUGUGCACAGCACAACAAAGAGCAACCUGUGAUGGUGGUAGCGGCCGAGCAACAUGUGCCGUGUCUAAUGGCCAGGUGUACUGUACUUGUCCCAACGGUUAUGCCCUCAAUGCAACAAAAUACUGUAUAGAUAUUGAUGAGUGUGCCACUAAUGCUGAUGUUUGUGUUGAUGCCAAGAGUGACUGUGUCAACCAAGUAGGGGGAUACAAGUGUCAGUGUAAAUCAGGAUACCGGGCACUCAACAAUUUCAUCUGUGCAGACAUUGAUGAGUGUGCAUCAUCAAGCAGCAACAACUGUACAAGUCCUGCCACCUGUCGGAAUAAUGAGGGAGGUUAUGUGUGCACAUGUCCCUCAGGCUACUCUAAAUCGGGUCAAUAUGGCUGUAGUGACAACAAUGAAUGUGCUUCAGUUUCCACCAAUUCCUGUGAUAGACAAUAUGGAACAUGUAGUAACACCCCAGGAGGCUACACUUGUUCAUGUAACAAAGGCUUUACUGGAAAUGGAUUUGUGUGUGCAGAUUUGAACGAGUGUGCAUCAAGUUCAACAAACAACUGCACCCAGACCUGCUCAAACAGCAUUGGAAGUUACACCUGUUCCUGUCUGAGUGGCUACACAUUGGCAGCAGAUGGAUUUACAUGUAACGAUGUAAAUGAAUGUAAUAGCACUAGUGCCAAUGGUUGCUAUAGCAACAACUUUUGUACAAACACUCAGGGAAGGUACGCAUGCUCCUGUCCCACUGACUACCGCCUUAAAGGGGACGGAAGAACUUGUCAAUCCAUUUAUCAGUGUGAAAGUAACCAUGGAUGCAGCCAUACUUGUGGAAGAGUUAAUGGGAUAGAUACUUGUUCUUGUCCCACUGGUAUGGUACUAGAUAGUACUAACAAAACCUGUGUAGAUAAAAAUGAAUGUGCCUCAGAAGCGGACAACCUGUGCAGAAUUGCCAACAAUGUGAUCUGCUUGGACACUAAUGGUUCUUAUGUCUGUAACUGUGUCAACAGUUCCUAUGUCAAAACUCAGCAGACUGUCUGUACUGAUGCCAAUGAAUGUACACUGGGCACUGCCAGCUGUCCCGCCAAUUCUCAGUGUGUCAACAAGGAUCCAGGGUAUGAGUGUCAAUGUGUAUCAGGCUACUCCAAAGUAGGGGCUCUAUGUCAAGAUAUUAAUGAAUGUGCAGGUGCCAAUGAUUGCCACGCUAAUGGCACUUGUACAAACACUGCAGGGGGAUACACUUGUGCCUGUAAUGCAGGGUUCUCGGGGAAUGGCAGAGUAUGUUCAGAUAUUGAUGAAUGUGCUCUCAAUACCCAUCACUGUGACAGUCGUGUGGCGAGAAGAACUUGCACAAACACUAUAGGGAGCUUCACCUGUGGCUGCCGAAGUGGGUUCCAGUUAGCUGCUGAUAAACGAACUUGUAAUGAUGUGGAUGAAUGCACUGGAAAUCAUGGCUGCCAACAAGUGUGCAGAAACAAUGAUGGUGGAUAUGAAUGUGCUUGUCAGACAGGAUAUAGACUCACUGCAGACCAAAGGAACUGUAUUGUGGAAACUGAGUGUGAGUCAGUCAAGAAAGCCACCUGCUUGAAUCAACAGUGUGCCAAGGUGAAUGGUACUGAUACUUGUCAGUGUCCUACCGGCUUCCAACUGGCAGCAGAUGGGACCUCAUGUAACGACAUCGAUGAGUGCAAGACCUCCCCUUGUUAUGCUACCAAUAGUAAUUGUACCAACACUCAAGGAGGAUACAACUGUUCUUGUACAAAUGGCUACAUUCUGGGACCCAACAAUGUGUGUAAAGAUCGUAAUGGUGGUCUUUCUAACUGGUCUGUUUGGGGAAACUGUACCAAGGAAUGUGGCAAUGGAACCCAGACGCGGACAAGGUCCUGCACUAAUCCGACCAAGGAGGGAUUCGGCGCUGAUUGUACUGGCGAACUUUCACAAACCCAAAUUUGUAACACAGAAGUCUGUCCUAGUAAGUUCUCAUUCAUAUACAAGAAAUGUAAAUUAGGAAAUAUUGAUGAGGUAGAAUUGUGA